AUGAGUACCUUAAGUUGGAAUUGCCGUGGGCUUGGGACCCCACGGACUGUUCAAUUCCUAAAGGAAUGUGUAUUCCAAAAGAAACCCAAUUUCAUUUUUCUUUGUGAAAUCUUGUGUAAAACUGAAAAAGUUAAUAGAAUUAAGAGGUCUUUGGGCUUUGAAGGCAUGAUUGUGGUUGAGUCCAUUGGCCAUAGUGGUGGGCUGGCCCUUCUUUGGAAGUUUAAUGAAGAAGCCCAACUACUUUCUUUCAGUAAAAAUCACAUUGAUGUUGUCUGCUCUCCCAAGAAUACCCCUGCUUAUAGACUCACAGGAUUUUACGGCAACCCAAAUCGCUCAGAUCGUUCUAUCACUUGGCAGCUGCUUCGUGAUCUGUCUAGCUCCUCUACUCUUCCUUGGUGCAUUAUAGGCGAUAUGAAUAACGUGCUCAGCCAGAGGGACAAGCGUGGUGGCCGACCUUAUCCUAACAAUCUUCUAGAGGGUUUCCAGCAGUUGGUUCAGGAUUUAGGGCUCAUUGACAUCGAUCUUAUUGGCCAUCCCUUCACUUGGGAGCGUGGCCGUGGCACUCUCCAUUGGGUGGAAGCUCGUCUAGAUCGUGCCCUUGCCACAGAUUCUUGGCUUAAUCUCUUCCCUGGAGCCAAGCUUCUAAACACUGAGGUAACAACUUCUGAUCAUUGUCCUCUCCUUCUUGAUCCUAGCCCCAAGUACAGUAAUGGUUCUAGCCGCUCAUUUAAGAGAUUAAUCAGAUCACUUAAGGGUCUUCGGGAUAGUGACUCUAUUCGUAAGUACAAUGACGCCAACAAGCAGCUUUUUGAAGUCUUGACCCAAAAAGAAAUUUUUUGGAAACAGAGACGUAAGCAGAUAUGGUUGAAAGAAGGGGACAAUAAUUCUAAAUUUUUUCAUGCAUCGGCUCGCACUCGACAACGGCGCAAUCAGAUCUGUUCUCUUCGUAAUGAUAGAGGUGUUGUAGUCGGGUGGGAAGAUGGUUUACAGGACUUGAUUGUUAAUUAUUUUCAGACCCUUUUUAAGUCCACUGUCAUGAACUGGGAUCAUGUUGUAAAUCACAUUACUCCGUCUAUUACAGGUGCCCAUAAUGAGUUAAUGAUGUCUCCAAUUGAUGCAGCAGAAGUGAAGCGUGCGUUGUUUCAAAUGCAUCCAGAAAAAUCUCCAGGGCCUGAUGGAAUGACUCCAGGAUUUUAUAAAAAAUAUUGGUCGAUUGUGGGUACUGAUGUCGUCCAAGCUGUUAAGAGUUUCUGGGAUACUGAACAGUUCCAAGACAAUCUCCCUUUCACUAAUAUUGCUUUGAUACCGAAAAAGAAGAGUCCUCUAUCAAUGUUGGAUAUCCGACCGAUCUCACUUUGCAAUGUGUUAUACAAGAUAAUAACUAAAGUUCUGGCCAAUCGACUCAAGCAGGUUAUUGAUGUUGUCAUCUCUGACUCCCAGUGUGCGUUUAUUCCAGGUCGAUUAAUCACUGACAACAUUAUGAUCUCCUACGAACUUAUGCAUUAUAUGAAACGUAAAAGUCAUGGAAAGCAAGGGUAUAUGGCAGUUAAACUUGAUAUGAGCAAAGCGUAUGAUCGAGUUGAGUGGGGCUAUUUAAGAUCUGUUCUUUGCAGGAUGGGCUUUCAUGAAAAACUGGUCUCUCUCUUUAUGGUGUGUGUUUCAUCUGCUAGGUACCAGAUUGCACAUGGUGGUAAAGAAUUUGGUCUUAUCAUACCGGAAAGGGGUCUUCGCCAAGGCGACCCCUUAUCUUCUUAUUUGUUUAUCAUCUGCACAGAGGGGUUUUCUGCUCUAUUACAGGAAUAUGAAAGAAAGCAGUUCAUUAGCGGCAUCCAGGUGGCUCGAGGGGCUCCUAGAAUAUCUCAUAUGUUCUUCGCCGACGACAGCUACAUUUUUUGUAAAGCUAAUUCCGAGGAAGCCAAUCAUGUGCUUUCUCUUCUACAUACUUUUGAGCUUGCAUCGGGACAGAAGAUUAAUUAUGAUAAAUCUUCUGUUUUCUUCAGCAGGAAUACUUUAGUGGCAGAUAGAGAUACUAUUUGUGGCGAGAUGGGUAAUCAUGAAGCAGACGACCAAAGUACUUACCUUGGCCUCCCAAAUAUUAUGGGUCGUAAAAAGACAGUAAUUUUGGGGUAUCUUAAGGAGCGGAUUUUAUCAAGAAUCAAGGUUGGGAGACCAAAUUUUUAUCUAGAGCAGGGAAGGAGAUUCUUUUGA